UGUGUGUGCAUACGCGUCCGAUAAGAUAAGCAGUCGACGUCGUCCAUCCAGUGAAGGUGAUUGCGCGCGCCGCGACCGUUUUAUUUAUCCGUUACAUUGCGGGCGGGUGUGUCACCCCACGGCAGGACAUCUCGGAGCUUGCUUCGAAGCCGGUGCACCGAAUUCACGACAACCAACCCCACGUGAAGAAUGAAGUGAGGCUCCGUGACUGACGGCGGGCCUCGCCUCGAAGGCGCGGGAGGGAAGGACCUCUUCGGAGUAACGGUAUUGCACGGGCCUUGAGAGCGUUUGUUUGCCCGACUAGUUUUGUGCAGUGCCUAUUGCCUACCGUGUGUGUACAGGUCGCAGGAAGCCAUACUGAAGCGACAGAAACGCAGUCGACGUCGUUUUCGCAAGUGGAACUGAACGCGUCGUGAACCUACACCCCUUCUAACUCAGCGAGAUUGUGUGAAAGAGUGCGCGUCGUUUCUGUGUCUGCUGUCCAUUGAACACUGCGAUAUGGGGGACGCAGAAACGCCGUUGUGAACUGAUACGCCCGGUAAAUUCGCCAGGGCCGCGUUGAGCAAAGGAUUAGGUCCCUGAAGAUUCUUGCUCUUAUGAAAAUUUGAUCUCGAGUGAUAAUAUCUUGAACGACUCUUCGCAAACAUGUGUUGCAGACCUCUAAGCGAAGUCAUUCAGCGUGUUCGGUAGCGUGAAUUAAAAUCAACGUUACGCGCUGUGUAAUCAACUGAACUAUUAGCGUUUAAUUGAAGCACGUCUUCUCUGUUUAUGCAAGCGAAUACUGACCCUAAUGUCUGCCCGCGCUUCGUCGACGCAUUUUCCCGCGAGUUCCGUUUGAACACGUUGGCACAAACGGGGAUCAUAGACGUCUGUGUGUUCUAGGAGUGGCUGCUCGUCGCUUCAAGUGGAAGCUCAUCCCGUUUCGCGAUUACAUCGCAACAUCUUGCGACUCCUCGCUUCUAGUCGUCAUACGUACUCUUGUGCGGUCCCACCUGAAUCGGACCCGAGGAAGACAUGCUUCCAUUAAAAGGAUGCGAGCUAACACCACCGUCGACACAGUGGAUUACGGCAUUGUUGGUGGCGACAGCCUGUUGCUUGUCGCAUAAAGUGGUGCGCGCCGCCGAGCGUCAGUUUACGGAUCCUGGUUUUAUGGGCGAUCGCACUACCAUAGUGGAGCUCUUCGAAUGGGCCUGGCCCGACGUUGCCCAGGAGUGCGAAGACUUUCUCGGACCGUUCGGUUACGGCGCCGUGCAGGUGUCCCCACCAAGCGAAAACGCAUUCCUGCUCUACACGACCCCUGGCGGCGUGAGCGUCAGGUCAUGGUACGAACGCUACGAGCCUGUCAGCUACCGCAUCGCGUCGCCCAGUGGCGACCUGCAGGAGUUCGCCGACAUGGUGCGCAGGUGCAACGAGAGCCACGUGAGGGUCUUCGUGGACGUGGUGCUGAACCACAUGACCUCGAACAUCGGCAGUGGCUACGGCUACGACGGAACUGAGUUCAACUCGGAGGCCUUCGCCUACACAGGUGUUUACAGCGCCAGAGACUUCCACUCGCGUGCUGACUGCGGCACAGCAAGUGGUUUGGUUGAGGACUACUCCAACGUCGUACAGGUACGGAACUGUAAGUUUCGUGGUCGUGCAGACCUAAACCACAUGCUCGAGACCGUCCGCUCCAGGAUCACUGACUACCUUAAGCAGCUGCUGUCGCUCGGGGUGAGCGGCUUCAGGAUCGACGGUGCCGACUACAUAUGGCCAUCAGACCUGAACGUUAUAUACAAGCGAUUGAAGGAACCGGACGAGGCAAAGCUGGAGAUCUAUGAGAGCGAACCUGCUCCAUAUAGAAUGGCGGAGACUCAAUCAGACAGUGAGUCGGAAACACUUUCGGAUACACCCUCGGAGACACCUUCACAGACUCUCUCAGAGACUCCUUCAGACACUCCCUCGGAUGCUCCCUCGGACACUCCCUCGGAUACUCCCUCAGACACUCCCCCGGACGCUCCCUCGGAUACUCCUUCGGACACUUCCCCGGAUGCUUCCUCGGAUGCUCCCUCGGAUGCUCAAUCGGAUACUCCCUCAGAUAUUCCCUCACAUACUCCCUCGGACACUCCACCGGAAACUCCUUCAUAUACUCCGUCGGAGGCUCCUUCAGACACCCAGCCAGACAGUCCAUCGGAUACCCCCUCCGAUGCACCCUCUGAUGCACCCUCGGAUACUCCUGCCGUGACUGCGGAAAGGACUACAGCGGACACCGAAACUGCUACGAACAUGAGAAAGCGAGAUACGACCGUUGAACAAGGUGGCGAAACAGUUACACCUCCACACUUGGCUUCGCAUUUCGAUGACCCGUUCAUUUACCACGAGAUGUCGACGCUCAAUUUGAGCUGGACCAAAGAGUACGAAUUUAUAGGAGCAGUCACAAACGCUACUUUCUUUAAGACGUACGCCAACGCGCUGAACAGGGUGCGACAGCGCCCGCUGAAAUCUCUGCGGCCGUUCAUCAUGGAAGCGAAUGGUGCCGGUGAGGCUGCUCAGGUGGUCUACGUGGACAGUCACGAAACGCAGCGCGGCAUUGAUGUGACCGACACCGUGGGCGACGUCGUCACGUACCGGGACCGCAAGCGACACGUGUUGGCCACCGUGCUCAUGCUGGCACAGCCGCACGGCGUGCCGCGGGUAAUGAGCAGCUACGCUCUCGACGGGAAGUUCGAGACGUACGUGCCUCCAAAGAUGCUGGGACCCCCGUUCGAUCACAUGUUCAACACCCAGCCGGUGCUCAUGAGAGAGAACUUCGAGUGCUACAAUGGCUGGAUAUGCGAACACAGGUGGCUGCCCAUCCGUAACAUGGUGCACUUCCGCAACUGGGUGGGUGCUGCGGCCGCCGUCAACUGGUGGGACGACGACGCGGACGCCGUGGCAUUCGCACGCCUACAGCGCGGAUUCGUGCUCGUCAACAACGGGCUCUCGGUGGUUCGCGGCCUGUUCAACACCACGCUGCCUGCCGGCUACUACUGCGAUGUGCUGAGCGGCUCCCGGCGCGACACGCGCACUUGCUCGGGUCACGUGGUGCGCGUGCGCCCAGACGGCUUCGCCGAGCUGAGCGUCGACCCGGCGGCCGAGGUGCCCGCCAUCGCCUUACAUACACAGGAGAGAGUCUUCCCAGAUUAUGUCUAAAGAAGCCCGGCACCACGAAAAAGUCUCUGCGGCGGACACUCCGUGAAUGAGAAGAACGGGCUUUGAUCGGCGACCUUGUACUUGGCCUUCUCGGUUCUGAGUCGAGGAGGAAGAAGAAGACGAAAAGAAGAGCAACGCUGUUCAGUUUGCUCUGUCCACAUCUCGAGGUCUUCCGACCCCAAAAUAAACGCACCGCGUGCCGACGUCCCAAACACCUCCUUGA